UAUAGAGCAGCACGUGCAGCAAAGAACUGCCAAGUAACAACCAGAAACGGUUAAGACUCUGUGGUUUGACUUAUGCUCCGAUAUUAGCAGAGGGGGUUGAUCACUCUACAGAAUACUUAGAUAAACAACAUGCCAAAUAUCAAAAUAUUUAGUGGCAGCUCCCACCAGGACUUAUCCCAGAAAAUUGCUGACCGUCUGGGGCUUGAACUAAGCAAGGUGGUGACUAAGAAAUUCAGUAACCAGGAGACCAGUGUGGAAAUUGGCGAAAGUGUACGUGGAAAAGAUAUCUACAUCCUGCAGAGUGGCUGUGGUGAAAUCAACGACAACCUAAUGGAGCUUCUGAUCAUGAUUAAUGCUUGCAAGACUGCUUCUGCCAGCCGUGUUACUGCUGUCAUCCCCUGCUUUCCGUAUGCCCGGCAGGAUAAGAAGGACAAUAGCCGGGCACCAAUCUCCGCCAAGCUGGUUGCUAAUAUGCUCUCUAUAGCAGGUGCAGAUCAUAUUAUCACCAUAGAUUUACAUGCUUCUCAAAUCCAGGGCUUUUUUGAUAUCCCUGUAGACAAUCUGUACGUAGAACCAGCUGUCCUGAAAUGGAUAAGCGAGAAUAUUUCUGAGUGGAAGAACAGCAUUAUUGUUUCCCCGGAUGCUGGGGGAGCGAAGAGAGUGACCUCCAUUGCAGACCGGUUGAAUGUGGAUUUUGCCUUGAUUCACAAAGAUCGCAAAAAGCCUGGUGAAGUAGAUGGCAUGGUUCUCCUGGGAGAUGUGAAGGGUCGUGUGGCUAUCCUUGUGGAUGACAUGGCUGAUACUUGUGGCACAAUCCGCCAUGCUGCUGAAAAACUUCUCUCCGCCGGAGCCACCAGAGUUUAUGCAAUCUUGACGCAUGGAGUCUUUUCUGGACCAGCCAUUACUCACAUCAACAGUGAAUGUUUUGAAGCAGUAGUUGUCACCAAUACCAUACCUCAGGAAGAUAAGCUAAAGCAAUGCUCCAAAUUACAGGUGAUUGACAUCUCCAUGAUUCUUGCAGAAGCCAUCAGGAGAACUCAUAAUGGCGAAUCUGUUUCCUACAUAUUCAGCCAUGUCCCGUUAUAAUGGGAUGAAUUCAGGAUCAUUCUAUUUUUUAAAUUAAAUUAAAUUACACUGUAUUAAAAUA